AUGGAGAAAAUCAUCUACGACUUCUACUCUGAUCUCUUUGACAGCCAUGUCCACUUGCCUCCUCACCAUCUGAGGGAAGACGGACAAGUCAUUUCAGAGGUUCUCCCGUCCGAGAUACGACAUGCUAUCAUGUCGGUAAGAAAUCGUACGGUACCCGGUCCCGACAGAAUAAGACCAGAACACCUGAAGAGCCUUCCGCCAGAACUCAUCAACACCCUGGCGAGGCUCUUUACACGUUAUCUGUCGGAAUGCAAGGUUCCUAAACAGUGGAAGACCAGCAAGACCGCGUUGUUGUAUAAAAAGGGAGAUCCACAUGACAUCGGCAACUAUCGCCCAAUCUGCUUACUGUCCGUCAUCUACAAGCUCUUUACAAGAGUAAUCCUUAAUAGGAUUGCAAACGUCUUGGAUGAAGGACAGCCAUGCGAGCAAGCACUGUUUCGAAAAGGAUUCAGCACGAUUAACCACAUUCACACUGCUUCGAAACUCAUCGAGGUAUCACGAGAGUACAAGAUACCGCUCUGUCUCGCCUUCAUUGACUUAAAGAAGGCCUUCGACGCAGUUGAGAUGGAAGCGGUCGUGGAAGCCUUGGACAACCAUGGCAUCCCUGUGCAGUACAUAAAGGUACUUCGAGAGUUGUACAGCAGCUUCACGACCGGAAUUUCGCCAUUCUACAAGAACAUCAUCAUUGACGUGAAGAGGGGGGUUCGACAGUCCGAAUCUACAAAAGACGAUGUUCAUGCGGAACGGAUGGGUCUCGGAUUCCCCAUUCACGCUCAACGGAACGAACAUCCGAAUGCGCCAGCUAUCAUAUCCGAAUGCACCAGCGUUCAUCUGGGUCGGGAACUGAACAUGAUGAACGACCUGACCCCUGAGCUGGGCAGAAGGAGACGAGCGGCUUGGGGAACGUACAAAAGCAUUGAGGAUGUAGUGAAGAAGACCAGAAACACCCGGCUCGGUGCUCACCUCUUCAACACCACCGUACUUCCUGCUUUGACCUAUGCUUCGGAAACCUGGGCAUUUCGCAAGCAGGAAGAAAACGCGGUGAGCGUCAUUGAACGCGCAAUUGAGAGAGUGAUGCUAGGAGUAUCCCGUUUCACGCAAGUGAGGGACGGGAUUCGAAGUUCUCUCCUACGUCAACGAUCGAAGAUUAGAGACGCCGCCGCGUUUGCCAAGGAAAGUAAAAUAAGGUGGGCCGGACACGUGAUGCGCUUUAAUGACAACCAUUGGACCAGAGCCGUGAGCGACUGGGUUCCCCGCAAUACUAAGCGCACUACAGGAAGACCGCCGACCCGGUGGUCAGAUUUCUUCACGAAGUCCUUCAAAGAAAAAUAUGAUGCUCUUCGUGUCCAACGCGAAAGGAGGAACCACUGGGCUACUCUGGCACGCGAUCGGGACAAAUGGAAGAAUUACUGA